AUGUCCCUUUAAGAAUUUAAUAUUAUAAAAAAACUUGGAGAAGGAGCUUACAGUAAUGUUUACAAAGUUAAAAAAAUAAGUGAUAAUUAAGAAUAUGCUUUAAAAAAAGUUAAGCUUUUAAAUUUAUCAGAUAAAGAGAAAGAAAAUGCAUUAAAUGAAGUCAGAAUUCUCGCAUCAAUAAGGUCUAUAAAUGUAAUUGGCUAUAAGGAAGCUUUUUUAGACGAAGCUUCGAAUUCUUUAUGUAUUAUAAUGGAAUAUGCUAAUAAUGGUGAUUUAUACUAAAAAAUAGUAGAUGGUUAAAAAAAAGGUUAACUAUUACCAGAAAAUGAAAUAUGGGAAAUUUUUAUAUAAGUAGUUAAAGGUUUAAAAGUACUGCACAAAUUAAAAAUAUUCCACCGAGAUUUAAAAAGUGCAAACGUCUUUCUAACAAAAGAAGGAGUAGUAAAAUUAGGAGAUAUGAAUGUUUCAAAAGUUGCAAAAAAAGGUCUUCUUCAUACUCAAACAGGAACACCAUAUUACGCAAGCCCCGAAGUAUGGAAAGAUAAAUCCUAUGAUAGUAAAUCUGAUAUGUGGUCAUUAGGUUGUGUAUUAUAUGAAGUAACAACUUUAAAGCCUCCUUUUAGAGCUGAAGAUAUGGAAGGUUUAUACAAAAAAGUUAUAAAAGGACAUUAUCCGAAAAUCCCUUCUCAUUAUUCCUUAGAUUUGGCACAUAUAAUUCGUUUGUUAUUAUAAGUAUAACCUCAUUUGAGACCUUCAUAAUAUGCUUAUGGAAUCCACAGAAGAGAAUUGUGA